GAGGGGGCGGGGGCCCAGCCACAGGCGCCCUGGAGACUGCAGCGCGGGUCGCAGUGAACGCUGGUUGCGCCUGAGCUCGCUGUGGCUUUAGGUACCAGGAGGGUGAGGGUCUGGGAGCGCUCCUCUUCUGUGCCGGGCCCCCUGGCCUCGCGGCCGCCUCAGUCGGAACCACUCCCGGCUGCAGCCCCUCGCGGGCCGGCGGUAACCACGCCUCGGGCCGGACGAUGCCCAAGAAGCUGUUGCUACUGUCCCCGCUCUCCGUGUCCUCUGCCUUCCGCGCCCCGCGAGCCAGCCCCGCCGCACGUCAGGCCAUGAACGCCGCCCGCACCGGCUACCGAGUCUUCUCGGCCAACUCCACGGCCGCCUGCACCGAGCUGGCCAAGCGCAUCACCGAGCGUCUUGGUGCAGAAUUGGGGAAGUCUGUAGUAUAUCAAGAGACCAAUGGAGAAACAAGAGUUGAAAUAAAAGAAUCUGUUCGUGGCCAAGAUAUUUUCAUUAUACAGACAAUACCCAGGGACGUGAACACAGCUGUGAUGGAGUUGCUGAUCAUGGCUUACGCGCUGAAGACCGCCUGUGCCAGGAACAUCAUCGGCGUCAUCCCUUACUUCCCCUACAGCAAGCAAAGCAAGAUGCGGAAGAGGGGCUCCAUCGUGUGCAAGCUCCUGGCGUCCAUGCUGGCGAAGGCGGGUUUAACUCACAUUAUCACUAUGGAUCUCCAUCAAAAGGAAAUUCAAGGCUUUUUCAGCUUUCCUGUGGACAACCUUAGAGCCUCACCUUUCCUGCUUCAGUAUAUCCAGGAAGAAAUUCCAAAUUACAGAAAUGCAGUCAUUGUAGCUAAGUCUCCUGAUGCUGCAAAAAGGGCCCAGUCGUACGCUGAGAGACUCCGUCUGGGUUUAGCCGUCAUCCACGGGGAGGCUCAGUGUGCGGAGCUGGACAUGGACGACGGUCGCCACUCUCCCCCAAUGGUCAAAAAUGCCACCGUCCACCCUGGCCUGGAGCUGCCAUUGAUGAUGGCCAAAGAGAAGCCGCCCAUCACUGUGGUUGGAGACGUUGGCGGGAGCAUCGCGAUCAUAGUGGAUGACAUCAUUGACGAUGUGGAAAGUUUCGUGGCCGCCGCAGAGAUCCUCAAGGAGAGGGGCGCCUACAAGAUCUACGUCAUGGCCACACAUGGCAUCCUGUCUGCAGAGGCCCCCCGCCUCAUCGAGGAGUCCUCCAUUGACGAGGUGGUGGUGACCAAUACUGUGCCUCACGAGGUGCAGAAGCUGCAGUGUCCCAAAAUAAAGACGGUGGACAUCAGUCUGAUUCUCUCCGAGGCAAUCCGGAGAAUCCACAACGGAGAGUCCAUGGCGUACCUCUUCCGGAACAUCACCGUGGACGACUAGCUUUCGCCGUCGCCCUGGCCCUGGAACUCCCAAGGAGAACCGCCGUCAGCCGUGCGCACGGCGUGCCUUAUGAAGGGAGUCAGAGUCAAUCUCGCUGCGUUUGUAGGUAGGAGGCGUUAAGGUAGACAAGAGGGAGACAAAGCUAAUGGCUGAGUGGCCUUAAAUGUGUGCCCUUGUCAUCCUGCUCCUUAGAGAAAAGUGACAGGCACUUUCUUGAAAAGACUCUGAAAAUCUUUCAGUGUUAAAAAGGACUUCACUGCAGAUCGAGUGUAACUCCAUAAUGUUCACUCGGUUGUUUCAGCCGCAGGGCAGUGCGCGUGGACGUUGAACUUGGUUAGGGAAGCUGAGCGCCCUGGCUCUGUUCCCAUUCCAGUUGUCCUGUCUGUAGUCAGCCUCGUUUAAUCUUUUCUAGAGAGUCAUAUUUUUCUCUAAGAAGCUUACAGCCAUCGAACAGCGAGGCGUUUGCAGCGUUACUCCCUGGCGGGGACCAGAUCAGAGGAGGCGCCCUCUCUGUGCGUCUGCAUUGCUUUUCAGUUGCAAAUAAAAGAAUCUGCUGUCUUGCUGUUCUCUUCACACCAUUGCACUGCCGUCCCGCCCACUGUCGUGCCUCCUGGUGGCUAACUUCGGUCCAGACUCUGCAGAAGACAAGGGACAUACCGCACAGUAAAGGACGGCGGGGCCCACGGCUGGUCCCAGCCCUUAGACACGCGUCUCCUUCUGCAGGCCCUACCCCUCCCUGAGCAUCAAGGUUAAAUCUUUGUUGAAUGAUAUAGUGAAGAUCUAAAUUUGUAAAAAAUAGAACUAAUUGUACCUCUUUAAAGCAAUUAUAGAUGACACCUGUGUUUAUUGCAUUACCUAGGACUGCACUUGGCCCUUCUACCUGCCAUUUAAAAUUACACAAUCAGAAUUCUAAUUUAUACCCAAGCACAUGUCUCAUUCUUCGUAUUUUAACACGAUGUACUU